CACUUCUCUCGCCUCCUUCUCCUUGGGAACCAGGUUCUCCUCCAGCCCCAAGCCAUGUCCUGCUGCAACCCGUGCCAGCCCUGCCAGCCCUGCGGCCCGUGCCCGCUGGCCAGCAGCUGCAAUGAGUGCUGUGUCCGACAGUGCCAGAGCUCCACCGUCGCCAUCCAGCCCUCCGCGGUGGUGGUGACCCUGCCCGGACCCAUCCUCAGCUCCUUCCCUCAGAACACCGCCGUGGGCUCCUCCACCUCCGCUGCUGUUGGCAGCAUCCUCAGCUCUAACGGAGUGCCCAUCUCCUCCGGGGGCCUUGACCUCUCCUGCAUCACCAGCGGCUACUGUGGCACCAGAUGUCGGCCCUGCUAAAGCCUCUGAUGAUGGCCCAGAUGAGGACCUCCAGGAAUCCAGACCUCUAUUCUGAACUAAGGACAGAGCUCCUGGCCAACGCUGAGCCUCCAGUGCUGCCCUUGCGAAGGAGAGCAACUGGGUACCUCUGAAAACAUGGCCACAGUUUGACUUCCCAGCCUUCCUGUCUCUCUCAUCUCUUCCUUGUCUUCUGUUCUUCUGGGCUACGAGAUCCUCAAAGCCAUCACAGGGGAUCUGCUGACCCCUCUCCCUCCAUGUAUCAGCAGAUGUGUGCCCUGUGGGAUCUACGCUGUGGCCAAUGGGCAUAGACUUUUGAGAUCUGCCAGUGCUCUCCCUGCUCUGGCUGCCACCUCUUCUAGGAGUGACCUCACUGCCUCCUUCAGAGUCAUUAAAGCUUUCUGCAUUCCAGCCUCUGCCUCCACGCAAUCCUUUUUCAGUGUCCUUGUCUUGAGCUGUCAAGGGAAAACAUGCACUGUCUUGGUUGGUGGGAGUUAAAGUAUUGGCACAGGCGGCCCUUUCAUCAUUAGCAGAGGAAGGGGCAGGUAGGACACAGGACAAUGGUUCCCAUACUGUCCUUCUGUAUUGAAGCUGUGGCAACAAAUUUCAGGCCUGCAAAAUCUGCUGACAACAUCCUUGGACAACAGCCUCUGAAGAUCUGAGAAAAACGUGCUGAACAUGAGUUAGAGUUUGGAGGCAUUUUAUUCAGAUCUUUGAACAAUUGUUUCCUUCUUCCACUCUCUUCUCUCUUUUUCCUUUGCUGUCACUUCGUCCCAAUGCCAGCCUAGUGGAGAUCUGUUGGCCUCCCUCCCUCUGCAGUGCAGACGGACAGACACCCUGCAGGAGCUACACCUCAUCUCUGUGCCUGCCCCUGCUCCUUCCUGGGAGCCACCUCCUUUUCUUCUUUAGAUUCAUUAAAGUUUUGCUGCAUCCAA